AUGGCGGCCUUUCUGCUAAGGGUGGCACAGGACGGCUCCGGCGACUACCGGACGGUGCAGGAAGCCAUAGAUGCCGUCCCUCUCUGCAACACGCGUCGCACUUUGAUUCGUGUCUCUCCCGGCAUCUACAGGCAGCCCGUGUACGUACCCAAGACGAAGAAUCUCAUCACUCUCGCUGGUCUGGCUCCUGAGCUCACUGUGCUCACCUGGAACAACACCGCCACCAAAAUUGAGCACCACCAGGCUUCUCGUGUGAUUGGGACUGGGACUUUCGGGUGUGGGACAACUAUUGUGGAAGGAGAGGACUUUAUUGCCGAGAACAUCACCUUUGAGAACUCUUCUCCUGAGGGUUCAGGCCAAGCUGUGGCGAUUAGAGUAACAGCUGAUCGAUGUGCCUUCUAUAAUUGCAGGUUCCUUGGAUGGCAGGAUACCCUGUACUUGCAUUAUGGAAAGCAAUAUCUGAAAGAUUGCUAUGUUGAGGGAAGUGUUGACUUCAUUUUCGGCAAUAGCACAGCUCUUCUGGAGAAUUGUCAUAUCCAUUGCAAGGGAGCUGGCUUCAUAACUGCACAAAGCAGGAAAUCUUCCCAGGAGACAACAGGAUAUGUAUUCUUAAGAUGUGUAAUCACUGGAAAUGGAGGGACUUCUUAUGCACAUCUGGGACGGCCAUGGGGACCUUUUGGAAGAGUGGUCUUUGCGUAUACAUUUAUGGAUGGGUGCAUCAGACAUGUUGGCUGGAAUAAUUGGGGUAAAACAGAGAAUGAAAGAAGCGCAUGCUUUUAUGAAUACAGGUGUUUUGGACCAGGGAGUUGCCCAUCAAAACGGGUGACAUGGGCUAGAGAACUGUUAGAUGAGGAAGCAGUCCAGUUCCUCCAGCAUGGUUUCAUUGACCCAGAUCCAGAAAGGCCAUGGCUUGCUCAGAGGAUGGCGCUAAGAAUACCAUAUUCGGCAUAG